CUAGCUAACUCGUUUAAAUGUAUCUCUGGAUGAGGGAUAACGUUAGCUAACUGGCCUAGCUGACCAGACAGCUAUAGACAACUUUCACCGACUAUCAAGCUGACCAAAACCACAGCUAGCAAGCUACUGAAACGUCUACGGGGAGUAAUUAACAAUCACAGGCACCUGCAAUCAAUAUGAAUGUAGUUGAGUUCCUGGUGUCCCUGCUGGAUGUGCAGAAACAACAACUGAAAGCGCUGACCAGACAGGGAGAGAUCCAGGAAAAGGUCCUCAGCCAGCUGGUCAAGGAUGGUUUAACCAAAACCCUUGACCGGUCUUCACCGCAGGAUGAAGAGGAACAGAGAAGGCCUGGGAUGACAACAGGGAGAGAUAAAGACCCAGAGGACUGGGUUGCUAGGCUGACUGGGCUGCUGCAAGAGGAGACACAGAAGAAGAGUCAACCGAUCAGACCCCAGGGGUUGACUAAUGCCUCCCAGACCAGGGUACAGGGACAGAUGUGGACUGUGGAGGACAAGAGCAGGCAGGACUUCCUGUCCCUGAGGUACGACACCCAGAAGGGAGCCAGAGAGCUGGGGCAGAGGCUUGACUCGGCUGCUAAGCACUGGCUUAGGCCUGACCUAAGGACUGCUGCACAAGUAGAGCAGUGUGUUGCUAUGGAGCAGUUUCUGUCCCUAUUGCCAAUGGAGGCUGGUGCCUGGGUGCAGAAGCAGCAGCCCAGGGAUAUGGAGGAAGCAAUUAGCAUGGCUGAGCAGCGGCUUGGGUCUGGGGUCUUCACCGUCUCCUCGCCUGCCCCUACACAGACAGACACAGCACAGAGCUCAACAGAGGCACAUGAACAAGGGAGUGUCAAGAUGCAGAGCACCAGUGAUCAGCCAGAUGCUUUGACCAAGUCAUUUCUCAACCAGCUGGAGACAGUUAAACUGGAGUCUGUCCAUUUCAGCCUGGAGAUUCCUGAUGUGGGGAUGACCAGCUAUCAGGAGGAGCAGGAUGAGCAUAAGAGGGUCCCAGAGGAAGGGUCCAUCUUUGUGUGUAAGCAGGAAGUGGAAGAUCCUGACUGGCAUCAGGAGAGUGCUCCUCCAGAGCCCAUCCAAAUGUCUGUGAGAACAACAGAACAUGAAAGCAUGUCUGUGGACACACCUUACAUCUUCCUUCCCAGAAACAACCCUCUCUCCUCCACCAUAUACACGCAUCCAACACCCACAGUGUCCAGUCAGAUCCCCUCCCCACAGUCACCCCCACCCCUAGCUCCUGACGCCUAUCAUCCACAUGUCCAGGACAGCCCAGUGAUAGCCGGACUGCGGAGUAAUGCUUCUAGUGACGAGACUGAGCUUACUGCCAGGUACACAAGGCUAAUCUCUGAAGAUGGACAGUUGACCUGGGGGACCCUCUCGGGUGUUCCUUCACCCUCCUUCCACACUCGCCAGUUAUCACCCUCGCCCUCCCAUCAGUGCCCAGACUGUGGCUGCUGCUUCGCCCAGCAGAGGAACCUGGAGGAGCACAGGAACAUUCACACGGGAGCGAGGCCCUUCGUCUGUGGGGUGUGUGGGAAGGCCUUCUGCCACCGCCGCACCCUCAACAAACACACACGCAUCCACUCCUGGGAGAGACCCUUUCAAUGUACUGACUGUGGACAGACCUUCAAACUCAAAGACACCAUGAAGAGGCACCAGGUUUCCCACAGCAAGCCAGGGCCAGGGGCACGUCACCUCUCUCACUCACGCUGAUACUCUAACUAUCAGCACUUCACCUGGCUGGGAGGAGGCCUGGUGAGAAUUGACACACAACAAGGACUUGAAGUAGGACUGGUCAGGUGGCUUUCUCUGUAAAUGUCCUACAUAGGCAGAUGUAUUUGUGAGAAAACUACCAGUGUUUUCUGUUGGCGUGUUCCAUAAACAGAAGACACUGCUUUGGGUUUCACAGGUGAACUGGUUGGUGGAACAUCGCUCCCAUGUUUCCAUAUAAACAAGCUCAAAUUACUUGUUCUUUAUUCAUUUUUUUGUAGAUACCCUUGAUCUAAGAUAGAGGUAUUUCAUGCAUUUUGAUAUUGUGAUAGUUAAUCUUUAAUUAUUUGUUUGUGAUCAUGGUAGUACUUAUUUUCAGAACAGAGAUCAGAAAACAUUGUGUGACAGUGUACUGUAUUUAUUUUUAGAAUCAAUAUGUUUUAUGCAUGAUGCAUGUACAGUACCAGUCAAAAGCUUGGACACCUUCAUUCAAGGGUUUUUCUUUCUUUGACUAUUUUCUACAUCGUAGAAUAAUAGAAAACAUAAAAUCUAUGAAAUAACACAUGGAAUCAUGUAGUAACCAAAAGUGUUAAGUAAAUCAAAAUAUAUUUUAGAUUUUUCAAAGUAGCCACCCUUUGCCUUGAUGACAGCUUUGCACACACUUGGUAUUCUCUCAACCAGCUUCACCUGGAAUGCUUUUCCAACAGUUUUGAAGAAGUUCCCACAUAUGCUGAGCACUUGUUGGCUGCUUUUCCUUUAUUCUGCAGUCCAACUCAUCCCAAACCAUCUGAAUUGAGUUGAGGUUGGGUGAUUGUGGAGGCCAGAUCAUCUGAUGCAGCACUCCUUCACUCUCCUCCUUGGUCAAAUAGCCCUUACACAGCCUGGAGGUGUGUUGGGUCAUUGUCCUAUUGAAAACAAAUGAUAGUCCAACUAAGAGCAAACUAGAUGGGAUGGCAUAACGCUGCAGAAUGCUGUGGUAGCCAUGCUGGUUAAGUGUGCCUUGAAUUCUAAAUAAAUCACAGUGUCACCAACAAAGCACCAUCACACCUCCUCCAUGCUUCACAGUGGGAACCACACAUGUGGAGAUCAUUGGUUCACCUACUCUGCGUCUCACAAAGACAGCGGUUGGGGUAAAAAAAAUCAAACAUUUGGACUCGUCAGACCAAAGGACAGAUUUCCACCCACCUAAUGUACAUUUUCGUGUUUCCCGGCCCAAGCAAGUCUCUUCUUAUUAUUGGUGUCCUUCAGUAGUAGUUUCUGUGCAGCAAUUCGACCAUGAAGGCCUGAUUUUCAUGCAGUUUCCUCUGAAAAGUUGAUGUUGAGAUGUCUGUUACUUGAACUCUGAAGCAUUUAUUUGGGUUGCAAUUUCUGAGGCUGGUAACUCUAAUGAAUUUAUCCUCUGCAGCAGAGGUAACUCUGGGUCUUCCCUUCCUGUGGCGGUCCUCAUGAGGUCAUUUCAUCAUAGCACUUGAUGUUUUUUGUGACUGCACUUGAAGACACUUUCAAAGUUCUUGAAAUGUUCCUGAUUGAUUGACCUUCAUGUUUUAAAGUAAUGAUAGACUGUCGUUUCUCUUUGCUUAUUUGAGCUGUUCUUGCCAUAAUAUGGACUUGGUCUUUUACCAAAUAGGACUAUAUUCUGUAUACCACCCCUACCCUGUAACACAACUGAUUGGCUCAAACACAUUAAGAUUGAAAGAAAUUCCACAAAUUAACUUCUUUGGGAUAGGGGGCAGCAUUUUCACUUUUGGAUGAAUAGCGUGCCCAGAGUAAACUGCCUCCUACUCAGUCCCAGAUGCUAAUAUAUGCAUAUUAUUAUUAGUAUUGGAUAGAAAACACUGAAGUUUCUAAAACAGUUUGAAUGAUGUCUGUGAGUAUAACAGAACUCAUAUGGCAGGCAAAAACCAGAGAAAAAAUCCAAACAGGAAGUGGGAAAUCUGAGGUUUGUAGUUUUUGAUCUCAGUCCCUAUCGAAUACACAGUGGGAUAUGGGCUAUUUUGCACUUCCUAAGGCUUCCACUAGAUGUCAACAGUUUUUAGAACGUUGUUUCAGGCUUCUACAGUGAAGGGGGGCCGGAUGAGAGCUGUUUGACUAAGGGGUCUGCCUGCAGCCUCGUUCUCAGUCACGCGCAUUUCGCAUGAGAGGUAGCUCUCGUUCUAUUGCUUUUGUACAGACAAUGGAAUUCUCCGGUUGGAACAUUAUUGAACAUUUAUGAUAAAAACAUCCUAAAGAUUGAUUCUAUACUUAGUUUGGCAAGUUUUUUUCAACCUGUAAUAUAACUUUUUGAACUUUUUGUCCGACUGGACCUGAACGCGCAAUUAGCCAAGCAUCGUCCGGGUUAGGGAGGGUUUGGCCGGAAGGGAUAUCCUUGUCUCAUCGCGCACUAGCGACUCCUGUGGCGGGCGCAGUGCACGCUAACCAGGUCGCCAGGUGCACGGCGUUUCCUCCGACACAUUAGUGCGGCUGGCUUCCGGGUUGGAUGCGCGCUGUGUUAAGAAGCAGUGCGGCCUGGUUGGGUUGUGUUUCGGAGGACGCAUGGCUUUUCGACCUUCAUCUCUCCAGAGCCCAUAUGGGAGUUGUAGCAAUGAGACAAGAUAGUAACUACUAACAAUUGGAUACCACGAAAUUGGGGAGAAAAGGGGGUAAAAUUCAACAACAAAAGAAAUGGUGCAUAAUACUUGUUUGUUUGAGAAAUUUUAUUUAUGGGAUUUCUGGUGAUUUUAUAUUUGGCGCCAUGCAAUUUCAUUGGCUGUUGGCGAGGAACCCCAGUCCUAGACAGGUUAACUUUAAACAAGGCACACCUGUUAACUGAAAUGCAUUCCAGGUGACUACCUCAUGAAGCUGGUUGAGAGAAUGUUAAGAGUGUGCAAAGCUGUCAUCAAGGCAAAGGGUGGCUACUUUGAAGAAUCUCAAAUAUAAAGUAUAUUUUGAUUUGUUUAAAACUCUUUUGGUUACUACAUGAUUCCAUGUGUUAUUUCAUAGUUUUGAUGUCUUCACUGUUAUUCUACAAUGUAGAAAAUAAGUACAAAUAAAGAAAAACCCUUGAAUUAGUAGGUGUGUUCAAACUUUUGAAGUAUUCAGACCCUUUACUUUGUUGAAGCACCUUUAGCAGCGAUUGCAGCCUUGAGUCUUCUUUGGCAUGACGCUAUAAGCUUGGCACACCUUUAUUUGGGGAGUUUCUCCCAUUCUUCUCUGCAGAUCCUCUCAAGCUCUUUCAGAGACUUGUUCCUGAAGCCACUCCUGCGUUGUCUUGGCUGUGUGCUUAGGGUCGUUGUCCUGUUGGAAGGUGAACACUCGCCCCAGUCUAAGGUCCAGAGCGCUUUUCAUCAAGGAUCUCUCUGUACUUUGCUCAUCUUUCCCUCGAGCUUGACUAGUCUCCCAGUCCCUGCCUCUGAAAAGCAUCCCCACAGCAUGAUGAUGCUGCCACCACGCUUCACCUUCGGGAUGGUGCCAGGUUUCCUCCAUACGUGACACUUGGCAUUCAGGCCAAAGACUUCAAUCUUGGUGUCAUCAGACAAGAUAAUCUUGUUUCUCAUGGUCUGAGAAUACUUUAGGUACCUUUUGGCAAACUCCAAGCGGGCUGUUAUAUGCCUUUUACGAAGGGGUGGCUUCCGUCUGCCCGCUCUACCAUAAAGGCCCGAUUGUUGGAAUGCUGCAGAGAUGGUUGUCCUUCUGGAAGGUGCUCCCAUAUCCACAGAGGAACUCUGUCAGUGACCAUCAGGUUCUUGGUCACCUCCCUGACCUUUCUCCCCCGAUUGCUCAGUUUGGCCAGCUAGCUCUAGGAAGAGUCUUGUUGAUUCCAAACUUCUUUAAUUUAAAAAUGAUGGAGGCCACUGUGUUCUUGGGGACCUUCAAUGCUGAUUUAAUUAUUUGGUAUUCUUGCCCAGACAUUUACCUACAACACAAUCCUGUCUCGGAGCUCUACAGACAUUUCCUUCGACCUCAUGGCUUGGUUUUUGCUCUGACAUGCACUGUCAACUGUGGGACCUUAAAUAGACAGGUGUGUGCCUUUCCAAACCAUGUCCAAUCAAUUGAAUGUAACACAGGUGGACUCCAAUCAAGUUGUAGAAACAUCUAAAAAAUGAUCAAUGGAAACAGGAUGCACCUGAGCUCAAUUUCUUUCUUUUUUUAUUUGUAUUAAAUUUGCAAAAAUGUCAACCUGUUUUCACUUUAUCAUUAUGGGGUAUUGUGUGAUGAGAUUUUUAAAAAUCCACUUUAGAAUAAGGUUAUAAUGUAACAAGAUGUGGAAAAAGGGGAGGAGUCUGAAUACUUUCCGAAUACACUGUAUACACAUUUGUAUCAGAUACUGUAGCUGCAGGAUGUUCAUAUUUAUUUACUUGCACAGUUUGUAAAGAGAACCAUUGAUAUAUUUCCAAUUUAGGAAUUUUCUUUGACUAAGAUUACAUGUCACAGUAAUAAAGUCAAAGUAAUGAUUUGA